UAAGAGCUACAAAUUUCUCAAAGCAAAAAUACUAAGAACUACAAAUUUCCUACCGUGUAUUCUGUGGGACCCUGCUGCCAGGCAGUCAUUUAGUGCUGGCUCUAACUCCCUUCGUCCACCGAGGCGCCGUUGCUGCGACGAACGCCCAAAAGACGGGGACGCUGCCUUGGAGCUCGCCUUCUCUCACGAAGAGAUCGAGAUAGAUGAUAGCUUCGUCUCGAGUUCUGCUUUCUCUUUUUACCGUGCUCCUGCUUCUCUCUUUUACCUUUUCGGAAUCGUUUGAUACGGCGUAAAUGCCAUAUUAUUCAUGGGAAAGAAGGGAGGAAGCUCGUGGUUGACGGCGGUGAAAAGGGCCUUCAGAUCUCCCUCCAAGGACUCGGACAAGAAGUCCUCCAAGCAACGAGAGGAACAAGACCAGGAUGAGGAGGAGAAGCAUAAGAGGGAGAAGAGGAGAUGGAUCUUUCGGAAGUCUUCGGCCCACGAGCAACAGCAGCAGCAGCAGGCGCAGCUGGGGAGGGCGGCGCCGGCGGCAGCGGUGACACCGGAGCAGAGGCGCGCCAUCGCACUGGCCAUGGCCACCGCGGCAACGGCGGAAGCGGCGGCGGCGACGGCGCAGGCCGCGGCGGAGGUGGUCCGGCUUACGAGGCCUUCUUCGGCCAGCUCCGUCCGGGAGCACGACGCCGCCAUCGUUAUCCAGACGGCCUUUCGAGGAUACCUGGCGAGGAGGGCGCUGAGGGCUCUGAGAGGGCUGGUGAAGCUCCAGGCUCUGGUGAGGGGGCACAACGUCCGGAAGCAAGCGAACAUGACGCUGAGAUGCAUGCAGGCCCUGGUGAGGGUCCAAGCCCAGCUGAGAGACCAGCGGGUUCGGCUCGCCCAGGAGGCGACCGGGUGCAGCAGCAACAAGUCCUCCGUCAGCUGCGACACCUCCUUCUGGGACCCCAAAUACCUCCAAGAGCUCGAACAGAGAAGAUCCAUGUCGAGAGAAGGGAGUAGUUAUGCGGACGACUGGGACGACCGGCCACGGACUAUUGAGGAUAUCCAAGCUAUGGUGCAGUGCAGGAAGGAGGCUGCUUUGAAACGAGAGCGAGCCCUCUCAUAUGCUUUCUCUCAUCAGUUCUGGAGACCCGAUAGAAACCUCUCCCCGUCGCUCGAGGAAGAAGAGGAAGUGGCCUCAAGAGGAGAUCAGAGGCCACCGAGGUGGACGGACCGUUGGAUUGCCUCGAGGUCAUCUUUUGAUAAUAGAGCCAGCAGCAGGGGAAGAGCCUCCACCGACCAGAUAGACCCCAUCAAGACCCUGGAGAUCGACCAAGCUCGGCCCUUCUCUUAUACCACCACCACAACGAACCACCGAAGGCCGCCCCAACCCAGCUCGCACCAGCUAUCCUGCCCGCUUGGCCGCUCCCACCACUCCCCUGUCACGCCGUCACCCUCCAAGUCGCGGCCGCUGCAAGUGCGCUCCGCAAGCCCUCGCUGUGGGAGGGAGGAGGGGAGCUGCUCCGCCUACUACCACCACGGAGCGUCGCGCCACCACCGGGCGGCGGUGCCGAACUACAUGGCGGCGACGGAGUCGGCCAAGGCCCGGGCGCGGUCGCAGAGUGCGCCGAGGCAGAGGCCGGCGACGCCGGAGCUGGAGCGGGGGGCGGGAUCCGUGAAGAAGCGGCUUUCCUUCCCGGUGCCGGAGGCGUACGGUUAUGGCGGGUACUCGCAGAGCCUGAGGAGUCCAAGCUUCAAGAGUGCGGCCGGGCGACUCGGGGCGGAGCAGAGGUCGAUCGUGUCCUCGUCCUGCAACGAUAGCUUCGGCGGCGAGGUGUCGCCGUCGUCGACGACGGAGCUCCGGCGGUGGCUCAGGUGAGAGAGAAUCGACGCGAGUGUGUCGCUCCGUCGAUGGGGGGAAGACUCGUACUUUGUCGGUGGGCUUGGUGGUGCUGUUGAGCUUCUUUUGCCGUACUUUUCUAAGUCAUUUGUUGGUGAGUUUCGGGUUAGGGAACAGCGAUUGGCAUUGAUUUGGGCUGCUGCUUCUCUUUAUGAUCGGAUAACUUGUAGGAUUUGGUCAUACGGUGGACUUUUUGACUAGAUGGAUUGGGGUUGACAAACUGGAGCUGUAAGUAAAAUUGUUGUGGCUCAUGCGUGAGUUGGUUUUAUCCAUUUGAGUCAUGGGUGAUGGCCCUGGACCUGGUCCAAGACCCAAAUUUCAUUCAUUUGGUGGACCGGUUCACUUGGAUUGUGUUUUUCUUUUGCCUCUGUUUAUUGUUCUUUCCCUUGUUCACAUUUGAGUACUCGAGUGUUGUUGGGAAAAUGUAGACAAGUUUAACUCA